AUGAUACGCGCGCCUUCACCAGACGCGGGCAUAGCCUUCCUCCCCGCUGGCAACGCGCCACCCACCCCACCGCACGCCGACCCGCUCGACGACAUCUACGGCUCCUCACCUGCUGCAUCGCCCACGCUUGCCGCGCAAAGAGACGACGAGAUACUCUCUGAUCUGCCGUCCCGCCAGCGCAACCUUGAUACCGACGCAUACCGCGAGGGGCUCUCGGCAGCGAAGGGCAAGUACGUGCAGGAGGGUUUCGAUGAGGGCUUUUCUCUUGGGGCGGAGAUCGGGCUACUUGUUGGGCGCGUGCUGGGGGUAUUGCAAGGUAUGACCACAGCACUGAAGGGACAUGACGAAGUAAAGUGGAAGGAGGCAAACAUCCUCCUUGAGCGUGCGAGAAGUGAGUUAGCGAUCGAAAGUGUGCUGGGGAGGGAGUGGGUUGAUGAGGAAGGGAUUUGGAAGUGGGAAGUUGAAGGACUGAAGGGCGAGGAGGAAGUGACGUUCCAAGAGGUUGCGAGACAUCAUCCUGUCGUCAAGAUGUGGUUGGUGACAGUGGGGGAGGUUGCGAAGAGGUGGAGUGUGGAUUUGGAGGCUGUGGAGAAGGGGAGGGAGGAUGGGACGGGGGCGGAACAGAGUUGA